UGGAAGAAGGCGCCGAGAAACCCACUUCCCCGUCUGGAAUCGAAGAUGUCGAAAAAGCUACUGCUCCUCCUGAAUUGGAAGAAGGCAUCGAGAAAUCUACAUCCGCCCCUAGAAUCGAAGAUGUCGAAAAAGCUACUGCUGCUCCUGAAUUGGAGGAAGGCGUCGAGAAACCCACCUCCGCCCCUGGAGUGGAAGGUACCGAAAAAGCUACUUCUGCCCCCGAAUCGGAAGAAGCAAUCGAGAAAGCCACAUCUGCCCCUGAAAUCGAAGGUGUCGAAAAAGCUACUUCUGCUCCUGAAUUGGAAGAAGGCAUCGAGAAAGCCACAUCUGCCCCUGGAACUGAAGAUAUCGAAAAGGCUACUGGCGCUCCUGAUUCGGAAGAGGGAGUCGAGAAAGUUCCCUCCGCCUCAAGACCCGAAGAUAUCGAAAAGGCUACUGCUGUUCCUAAAGUCGAGGAACCCGAAGGCGUUGAGAAAACCACAUCCGCUCCUGGAAUUGAAGGUGUUGAACUGGCUACAACUAUCCCUGAUGCAGGAGCAAUCGAGAAAGCCACUGCUGUUCCUGAAGACGAAGAAAGUGAAAAGGCCACUAUUGCCCCUGAAGUUGGAGAUGUUGAUAAAACCCCAGCAGCUCCAAGUGUCGAUGAAAUUGAAAAGGUUACUGUCGCCCCUGCUGCUGAGACAGAAGAAGUCGAAGGAAUCGAAAGGACGACUGGAGUUCCGAUUUUGGAUGAGUUCGAAAGGGCUACUACUCCCUCUGUUUCCGAACAUGUGGAUGAAUUCAAAAAGACCUCUGUUGCACCUGCUACUGAAGGUAUUGAAAAUGUUGUUACAACUUCUGCAGCUCCAACCGUCGAUGAAGAAUUCGAGAAGGCAACAGGCGUCACUCCCUUGGAGACUGGAAUUGUUGUGGAUAACGAGAAAGGUUCCCCUGUCGACGAAGAUCGGGAGGGUGUUACUAUUGUUCCUCGCCUGGACUUGGACCUUGAAGAGGCGACCGUUGCUUCUAUCGCGCCAGAAGGUAUGCAAGAGAUUACAACGCAACAUCCAGAAAGUAGUAAGACAAAAGCUUCCCCAGCUCCUGGUGUAAUAGCUGAUUUAGAAUCAGAGGAGGAAGGCGAAGGCUCCGUAGAAUCAGAGGAAGAAACUUCAACUAAACACACAGUACAGCACAUUGCCGAAUUUGUUACGGAUCAUGGCUUGCCAAGCACAACCGAAAGUGCAGUGAAACCAUCGAAAACUGACGAUUUCGAAGCUUCAGGAGAGGAAGGGGAAAGCAUAGAAGAUAUUACAGUUAAACCUACCUCGGGACCACAAUUAAUUGGAGAAGACAUGGUUUCAGUCACGGAACCAGCCGAGACUAACAAGGAGGCAGUCACGGAGAAACCUGAAGAAGAAGAACAAAAACAAAAAGGUGAAGACACCAGUGAAGCCAAACCUGAGGACAAAGAACAAUCAACAACAAUCAGAUCUCAUUUCGAACUCGGCGAAAUUACAACGGCUAAGCCUGAAAGCGAAAAACAAAAGGAGGAAGAUCAAAUCACACCUUCCCCCGAAACUGAAGCUGAAGGAGAAAGACAACCAGCAACGCUUAAACCUGGACUUGAAUCUGACGAGAAGAUACAGCCUCCCACGGCUAUUCCCGAACUUGAACCUGAAGAAGAGAAACAACAAGAAGCAGCUCAGCCUGAGUCUGAGUCCGAGGCAGGCGACGGAACACAACCCACGACACUGAAUCCUGAUGUCAUAGCUGGAGAAGAUUCACAAGCAGCAACAACAGCCACUCCUGAAUCCGAAUCGGAAGAAGACAAAGAAUCCGAAUUGCCAGAAAAGAAACCCUCCGCCACAGCUGCCCCUGAAAUUACGACGGACGAAGAAAAACAAACAGUGACGGCGAAACCAGAAUCAGAGGGUUCUGAAACUCAACCUCAGGAAGAAGAACAAACAGUGACCACGAAACCAGAAGCAGAAGAAGAGAAAGGACAUACCACUGUAGCACCUGAUGUUGAAUCUGAAGAAGAGGAGCAACCAGAGACAUCUAAACCUGAAGGUGAAGCGGAUGAAGAGAAACAAUCUGCCACAGCUGCCCCUGAAUCUGAAUCUGAUGAGAAACCACAACUAGCAACAGGCAAACCGGGUGGAGAAGCGGAAGACGAGAAACAACCUGCUACAGCCACCGCUGGAGCUGAGUCCGAAGAGGAAAAACAACCAGCGACUGUCAAACCGGAAGGAGAAGCGGAUGAAGAGAAACAACCUGCCACAACCGCCCCUGAAGCUGGCUCUGAUGAGGAAAAACAACCAGCAACUGCCAAACCCGAUGAAGAAGCAGAAGAAGAGAAACAACCUGUCACAAGCGCCCCUGGAGCUGAGUCCGAAGAGGACAAACAACCAGCAACUGUCAAACCGGAGGAAGAAGCGGAAGAAGAGAAGCAAUCUACCACAAGCGCGCCUGAAGCUGGAUCUGACGAGGAAAAACAACCAGCAACAAUAAAACCCCAGGCCGAGGAAGAGAAAGAACAUAUCACAGUUGUCCCAGGAACUGAAUUUGAGGAAGAUCAACAAGCAGUGACGGCCAAGCCGGAGAUUGAAACCAAAGAUGGAGAAAAGGAGGCUGUCUCAUCCACUCCAGUUUCUGAGGCCGAGGCCGACCUCCAACCAGCUACAGACAAGCCUACACUUGAAGCUGAAGAAGAGAAACUGGCUGCCACAGUUGCACCUACGGAUGAAACUGAAUUUAAGAAAGAACAAGGAGCAGUAACAGCAACUCCUGAAACUGAAUCUGAAGUUGAAGAACCACUAGUUACAAUCAAACCUGCAUUCGAAACUGAAGAAGGCAAACGUCCAACAACCGAAAAACAAGAAGCCUCCGCAGAGGUCGCCAUCAGUUCUACCGAGAAGACCUCAGCCGAGCAAACAGAAGUCAGCACAGAGGAAGAAAAGGAAAGCAUCGCAACAACACUUCACCCACUAUUCCCACACAUUGGCACAACACUGCCAACACCAGCGAUCGACAGCCGGAUCGACAUCGCUAAUGCAACAUCACAACCCGAACUUGCAACAGAAACAACAACGCCGACAAAUCUCAUCAGCAGCGAUGUGCUCAUUACCACACAGCCAACAAUCACACACUAUCCACCACCAGCACCUGUAUACGGUCAGUAUCCAUCCUACAACGAUGAAUAUCCCGACGAAGACGAGUCAGAAGUAUUCGGUCCUGGCACUUGCCGUUAUGGCGGCAAACUUUACGUCUCAGCGCAGCAAAUACCACGAGACGAUCCUUGCGAUUUCUGCUUCUGCUUCAGAAGUGACAUCAUUUGCUUGCAACAAUCUUGCCCGCCACCAAUUUCCGGCUGUCACGAAGAACCUAUCUCGGGCUUCUGCUGCCCACGAUACGAGUGUCCCGUGUCGAUGGCAACCGUACUGAAUAUCACCACCAGUACGACAACGACGAGCACAACACUGCCGCCACAUUUCCUGCAUCACUCAUAUGGCGGAGCGGUGCAACGAAAUGGCUGCCUAAUCAAUGGCAGAUCGUACAAGGUCGGCGAGAAGAUCGAAUCGACGAGCGGUCCAUGCAUCAAUUGCACUUGCGGUGGCGAUGGAAAAAUGAAAUGUGAUCCACAGGCGUGCGUGCCCGAACCGACGAUGCAGCAAGUGAUGGCUGUCGUUGCGACCGGCAGGAAAAGAUGAAAUAAUCGCUAAGCAUAAACGCUUACAAAUACAACACAGCAGAUACAAUCACACCACUCACAAUUGAAAACCAAGAAAGACUAGUGAACAAAAAGAAUCUGCAAUCCCGGUGCCAAAACCACAAUGAAAUAUUACAAGUUACAUAUUGUAGAGGAGGAGAAAGUUGUAGAAGAAAGCGAUAAUUGCAUGCAAAGUUUUUGAGGGGAAAAUGAGUUAGGCACACAUACAUACAUGCAUACAGACAUAUCGGCGUGUGUGUUGUUGUUAGUGGGGCUCCUUUUUUUUCUUUGAAUGCAUACACCCUUAUUAAUUAUACGAUAUGAUGCCGAUGAUGAUAAUGAUAAUGAUGACGUAGAUGUAAACUAAACAUAUUUAUAUAAAAAAAAAAAAAAAAUCAGCUAGCAUACGAGCAAACAACCAGUGAUAUUGUGCUGUAUACCUAGUAUAGGUGCAAUUAACAAUUUUUGUAAUUAAGGACGCACUUACUUAAGCGAACUUUUUCGUUUGUAAUUUUGUAAUUGUAAAAAAAAACAAAAAACGACAAAACAAAAUAGGAAACAAAAAAACGAAAAACCUAAUAUAAAUAAUUUAGUAUAAAUAUAAAUUUUAGUAAUGUUUGUAACGUCGUUCUUUGUGCAUGAACGAUUGCGAAGCGGGGCGGCUACGGAAAGCGUAUAUACAUACAUAUAUAGUGCAUACAUAUAUAUAUAGUAUGUAUAUUAAAACACAAUUCAAGAGACUCUCAAGCACAAAAAAUUUAUACAUACAUACAUAUGUACAGUAUAUUAAAAUGGAUUAAAGACACCACACCGCAAGCAUCGUGCGACGCAUACUGUGGCUGUUACAAAGAAUAACGUUAUGAACUAAAAUAAAAGCUUUGCCAUUAACUACAUUUGUACUGCUAUGCUAUUAGCUACACUCUAGCGCCUAAUUGUAGACUAUAAUUUUUUCACAUUCUUAUUUUGUAGAUUUGCAUAUACUUUCGCAAAAUUUGCAAUGAACUUUUUAAGUUUUAUUUUUUUUUUUUGAUACAUAUUUAUUUAAGUUGUAAGGUUGCUACUAGUCUUCUCUCCUUGUACAAGCAACAACGCAAAUCGAAACGAUAAAAAAAUUUUAAUUUUUUUUUUUACUAAUUUUUCAACGCUUCAAGUGCUGUAUAUUCAAGUUCCCUUAGUAUAUUUUUUUAAACUAAAACUAAGCAAUUUUUUCACAACAAUUUAAAACGCAAGUCAGGAUAUGCUAGGUCUUAAGACAGACAUAUGCCCCUCAAGCUUAGAUUUACCAUGCACACUUAUGCGCACAAAUGUUUACAAACGCACAGAAAAGCUCUAAACUGCUUGCAAACAGGCAAAGAAAGCUGAACAACGAACGAGAAUGCGUGGCCGAGCAAGAUGAGCGUGGACGAGCAACGAGCUGCCGACGAAAUGCUGACAAGAAACAAAAAAAAACGCAUAUAAGCAACUACUUAAAAAACUGUAUUGUAAAAAUAUAUAACAUAAAAUAGCACAAAAACAUAGUUUAGUAAACAAACAUACAUACACUUACACACAGAAGAAACAAUAAAUAACACUAAUGCUCGACUGAUUGAAAAUUUUUUAACCUUAACCAUAAACACGUAGUCGAUAAUAGAAAUCAAUAAAUAAUAUAAUAAAUAAAUUUGUAUGUAAGUUUAUAUGUACAUACAUGUACUAACUAUGUAAUUAAAAAGCGUACACAGUAGCAAUGAACUUUUCUAUACAUUCAAUGAAAAAAAAAAACUUUUUUAAAUAAACUGAAAGUAAUGCGCAAGUGUAUGUAACAUUAUGUCGAAAGGCUGGCUUUAGUAUAAUGCGGCAUUCGCAGCAUACGAUUGCGAAUGACUCUCACUGGCGACGAGCAGUUGAAGAACUUUUGGCAAAUAAUAGUUCCGAUACAAGCAAGCCAAUAUCCUCCUUUUUAAGUCUCAUAAAAAAUGCCUUGUCGUUUAAAGAAUAAAGGGAAUGCCGCAUUAUACUAAAGUCAGUAUUUCGACAUAAGCUACUAAAUAUUCCAUGCGAACACAGAUAUAAAAGUAAUACUUAAUUAUAAAGAAAAAAGUAGCAGAAAUAGAGGUGAAGUAUCAGUAACUUUUAAUGCGAUUUUCAGUCACUUGAGCUUUAGCAGCGAAUUUCCUUGCGGCAACUUUCCAAACGCACAGAAAUGUUCGCUUUUUUAUUCUAUUUAGUAGGUUAAAACGAAAAAAAAA